ACUCGUGGGGACAAUGAUAUCUUAUUCUACGAGCAAACUUUUCUGUGACUAGCUCCUAAAAGCACUACUUCCCAGUUUUGCUAUAUAUGUUGUACAUCAAUCAUUUUGUGUACCUCAAUUGGUGGCUGGGAAAAACAUAGCAGACCAAUCUUGCUCAUCCUGUCCAAACUCUUCCUAAAUUCAAACCUGAGGAUGGAACUUUCUCCAUCCUCCACCUUCUUUCCUCUGGCUCUCCUCCUCCUCAUCACUCUCAAACUCUUGUCGCAAUGGCUAAACCGACCCAAGAACCUCCCGCCAAGUCCACCUACCAUCCCCAUAAUCGGCCACCUCCACCUCUUGAAAUUCCCCCUCCACCGCACCCUCCACGCCCUCUCCCAAAUUUACGGCCCCAUCCUCUCCCUCCGCUUUGGCUCCCGCCGGGUGGUCGUCAUCUCGUCAGCGGAAGCCGCUGAGGAGUGCUUCACUGCAAACGACAUCGUCCUCGCCAACCGCCCCGACCUUCUUAUGAACAAGCACCUAGCCUACAACUCCACCACCGUCCUCGCGUCCCCUUACGGCAACCACUGGCGCAACCUCCGCCGCAUCUGCACCCUUGAGAUCUUCUCCCCCACCCGCCUUAACAGCUUCUUGCCCAUCCGGAGGGACGAAAUCAAGCGGCUUCUCCUAAAACUCCACAAGACCUCAUCCGGCGAUCAAGCGCCUGAUGAGGGCUUCACAAAGGUGGAGCUGAAAUCGAUGAUCUCAGAGCUUACGUUCAACAUCAUAUUGCGGAUGGUCGCUGGGAAGAGAUACUACGGCGACGACGUGAGCAACAUCAAGGAGGCAGCGUCCUUCCAGGAAAUACUGAAGGAGAUCUUGAGGUACAGCGGGGCUUCAAAUCCGGGGGACUUCUUGGGGGUUUUGAGUUGGGUCUAUAGGGGUUUCGAGAAGAGAGUGUUGAGGCUGAGCAAGAGAACGGACGAGUUCUUGCAAAAUUUGAUUGAAGAACACCGAGAAAGUUAUAAAAAUGGUGUUUGUGGUGGUUCAGAGAGCAAGAACACUAUGGUGGAUCAUUUGCUGUCGUUGCAGGAGUCACAACCGGAGGAUUACACUGACCAGAUUAUUAAAGGGCUUAUUCUGGUUAUGAUUUUAGCGGGUACCGACACUUCAGCCGUGACACUUGAAUGGGCAAUGUCGGAGUUACUCAAUCAUCCUUGUGCUUUGAAGAAAGUUGCGCAGGAGUUGGAUAAUGUAAUUGGCGAGCAACAAUUGAUAGACGAAGCCGACACAGCAAAGCUUCCCUAUCUCCACAGCAUUAUAUCCGAAACACUGCGAUUACAUCCAUCAGUUCCACUUCUUGCACCACACAUGUCCUCCGAGGAUUGCUCAAUAGGUGGAUACGAUGUUCCUCAUCUCACCAUUGUACUAGUCAAUGCAUGGGCCAUCCACAGGGACCCGAAAUUGUGGGAUGACCCGACUAGUUUUAAGCCAGAGAGGUUUGAAAAUGGUGAAGUUGGUCCCUACAAGUUCUUGCCGUUCGGGCGCGGAAGGCGGGCAUGUCCUGGAGCGGGCUUAGCUCAACGGAUCGUGAGCUUAGGUUUAAGCUCUUUGGUUCAGUGUUUUGAAUGGAAGAGAGUCAGCCAGGAAUUAGUGGACAUGACUGAAGGAAGAGGCGCAACUAUGCCUAAGGUGGUGCCCUUGGAGGCAAUGUGCAAACCUCGUACGAUCAUGGCCAAGAUUAUCGAUUAGUGAGUAACGAUGGACACGUUGAUUUUCCUACUGUUUAUGUUUUUACCAAUCCUGAAAUGUAACGAAACUUGAUAGAUGUAAACUUUAAUCAAAUAAUGUUGUGUUGUGAGAAUUGUGUAUAAAAUUAAUGUGUG